AUGGCUGACGCCUCGGCAUCAGAAGUUAAGCCUGAGGCGCAGGAGGCUGGCACGGAGCACUUUGACGCUUCACUUCCUGGCAGCGUCGUGGCUGUGCCACCUAUUUGGACCAAUGAAGAUGGCAGCUUUCGAACUCAGCCAGACAUUCCCGCACCGCCACCGCGCAAGCCGCCUCCGCUGCGAAAUUCCACCAUCGCGCCCUGGGUCCUUGCAGCCCGCCAGGCGGACAUCGCACAAGCCAAGGAGGAAGAGGAACUAGAGGUGGACUACGAUGAGUAUGGAUCUGGUGGAGGGUCCCCGCGCUCCGCAGAAGGAUCUCAGCUCUCAAGUGAAAUGUCACAAGGCUCUGCGUAUGCCUCCAUGCCUUACAGCGUUGAUAGCCAGCCGCCUGUCGACCCGGAUGCGAACUACGGCGGAGUGACACUGUCUCAGCUCGAGGAGUUCCUGGCAGUUCGUAAAGGUAUGCGGACAGCUUGUGGUACCUUGCCGAUGACCUUCGCAAUUUGGCUGGCCUAUGUAUUGCUGGUGAUCACCAUGGGAGAAGCAGAGGGGCCUUUUCAGACUGCGAACAUUCUAAAGGAGGAAAUCAGCGGUGCCCAAGCACACCGGCCUGAUUCUAUGACUGGACUGAACAGAACGUUUCGAUUGCAUGAAAUGCAUGACUUGGGUGAUAUUGGAUGGUGGAUGAAGACAGCUUUGGCUCCGACCAUCGAUCCCGCAAGCAGUCGCAUGGACAAUGCCGUGAAAAUUGUGGGCUUUGCGAGAAUUACCCAGCUGAAGGGCACGAUGGUUGAAUGCGACGGCUUGACAUCCAACCUUAAGCGAUUCUAUCCUGGCGUUUGUUACCCUCCUGCAUCUCCGGGGACUGUGGUAAAUUCAUUUGGGCCCGCUGACGUGGACGAUGCCUUCCAGGCACUGGGUCCGGAACGACCGGUCGGGGAGUUCGAGGCCUGGUUGGACACAGGACGCCCGGUCACUGAAGUGCAAUCGCGGAUUGACAGUCUCAUUGACAAUGGCUGGAUAGAUAGAUUAACGCAGCACCUCACGAUGGACGCGUUUUUCGUGAAUUUGCAAACCAACGUGUAUGUGCGAAUCCGGCUUCUUGUGGUGGUUCACAGAGAGGGCCUCAUCGAGAGCAGCCUGCGUGUGAUCCCAAUGAAAGCAGAAGUAGUCACGCACUGGUCGCACAUAUUUCUCAACUUAUGCUUUGCGAUCCUUCUGUCCGUGCAACUACUGUGGUUCAUGCAGCAGUGCCUCACUGAAUACAAGCGAGGGCUUUGGCAGCUGCAUUUUUGGGACAUUUGGACUUGGUUGGACAUGGUGUCGAUUCUUGUGGCGCUGGUCAUCGUUUUCAUGGCUCUAGCCUUCGUGGUGGACACGCAAAACUUUACUGUCAUGGUUUCCGACUUGGGCGAGAUGCCGACCUGGUCGGUGUUAGAAGCACCGGCCGCUCGUAAAGUGCAGUCGAUUCUGCAGAACCGAGUGUAUCGGAACAAGUGCUCGGAACUUCUGGCGGUGUUUGACAACGUCCUCAGCGUGAGCCUGUGGUUGCGGUUCAUGACGGCCUGGUACGCGGUUUGCCUAUGCCUCCGUUUCUAUCGUGGCUUCACUGGGCAGCCGCGCACGUCCGUGAUAUUGCAGUCAGUAUUGUACAUGUCGAACCUGUUCCUGCAUUAUUUGGUUGUAUUUUUGGUGGUGUGCGGCAAUUUUGCACUGAGUGGAUACAUCCUCUUUGGGGAGCAAGUGCCUGCUUGGUCCACUUUUGGGGGCUCUGUCAUAACUCUGACUCAAGUAAUGCUGGGGGAGUUUGACUACGACGCCAUGCGAAAUGUCGCCCCUGUUCUCGCAAUGAUUUGGUGGUGGAGCUUCUUCCUGUCCACGACUGUGGUUCUUUCCAGGGUUUUGACUGCAGCUGUGCUGCAGCUUUUCUUGGAGGUUCGCCAGGCUCUGGGCGAGCCAGGGAUCGGGCUACCACGACAGAUCUUGGCUGUUGCCAAGAACUUGUGGUACCAGAGAUCUUAUGAAGGGUCCAUGAAGAGUGUUCCUGACGAUGAUCUCUUGAAUAUGCUGGCACAAGACCUAGACCCGGCUCAUGUCAAGAAGCUGAUGCAAAUGAAAACAGACCGACGGCUUUGCACACGAGAAGACCUGGCAAAGGCCGAGAAGGACAUCAAAGUCGACGUGGAGUUUUUGACAAAAAGAGGCAUGGACCCCCUCGGGGCCGAGCGCCUCAUCGAGAGAACUGCAAACUGGGCUCUCAACAUUUCGACCACAACCUCGGCCACUAACCGUUUGAUGCUCCUCGUUGCCAAGCAGAUGGAGUACAUCACGACCGAGGCAGAUCGAAUCCAGCGCAAGAUCCGGACGAGGAUUGACCGGGCAGCGCAGUCGGCAGACCGGGUGGAUGUCAAACACGCGAAGUGCGCGGCACUUGCGAAGCGACUCCGACGCGCACAACAGAUACCUGCAGGCUGGACAGCCCACAGAGACGAAAACGGCCGCAGGUACCUCCGCCACGAGGAGAGUGGCUUGACUUCCUGGACGUUACCAAGGGCCCUGAUUUGA